UUACGCAACCGUUCGUUUCCGGUUCCGAUAGCGAACCGUUUUCUUUGUUUACACGCUCUACCACUUGAGUGCGCCACCGCGCGCUCUACCGCUACACUCUAUAUACCGAUUGCUACCGAUUAUUACCGCAACCAGUUUUGUGGAAAUAAGGCACUAGGCAGAAAUUACUUGGUGUAUUCGUGCAAUUCUUGUCGGGCAUUCUUUAGGAGAUAUGCGUUUAGGAAUAAGGAAUUAUAUUGUCUAUCAAAUGGCAAAUGUAUUAUAGACUCAAAAACCAAGCAUUUAUGCAAAGAAUGUAGACUUGAAAAGUGUUUGGCUGUGGGAAUGAAAAAGGAAUUGAUACGAAGUGAUGACGAAAACCAAUUGAAACGACUUCUGCUCUUAGAGAGGAAGAAAAGCGAUAAAUCUAUGUUUCAAAAGACAUAUUCUUCCGGAUGUGAUUCAACUGAGAAUUUCGUUGUGUCCGCCGAAGACACCAAUGAAUUGGAUGUUAUGUUUGAUUUGAUUCAAAACACACAUGAAAUCAAUGCCGAAGAGUUAAACAAACAAAUACAGGAAAUUGAAAACGUGUUGACAAUCGGAAACAAUACACAUAUUGACGAGUUUUGUCACAAAUACGGGGCACUGACUGUCGUUCCCAUAUUUAAAUCACUCACAGAUUAUAACGGCUUAAAUCAAUUGGAAACCAGUCGAGUAUCGGAGUUAUUGAUGGCGUGUAAAGUAUUAGAUUAUCCGACGGCUAAGAAUGUGGUAAAAAUCACAGACAAAUCAGAAAUGAUGAGACUGUCGUCAAUCAGGUCUGAGUAUCAGAUCCAGGAUUUGAUCGCUUUCUCCAAAGGGUUGACCGGGUUUUCAGACUUGUGUUCAACCGAUCGGUUGACGCUUUUUAAGUACGGAUCCGUUGAAUUGAUGCAAAUCGUGAAUUCAAAGGAAUAUGACAUUCAAACAAACAGUUUAACCGUUUAUUUGGACAGCAACAGCUCUAUUUUUACGGCAAUAAUACUAUUCAAUCCCAAUCGACCAAAUCUGACUCAUAAACAUAACAUAGCACUCGAACAACAACUGUAUAUAUAUUUACUGCAAAGAUAUCUACUAUUGAAAUAUCGCUCGGAAUGGGAAUCACAGACAAGACUACAAACACUAAUGAAUUUAGUAAAAGAAAUAAUAUUUAUGAGAGAAUUGAAUAUAACGUACGGAUUAGACGAAUACAAAGGGUAUACCAAUACUAUGGGACCACUUGUCAAAGAAAUUUACUGA